CAGCAGCUAUGGGAGGCCCGUAAUCUGCCAGCACCCUAUGUCAAAAAAUUCUACACACCAGCAGUGUGUGAGAGGAGACCUGAAAGUGGCACAUGGCAGAGUGUGGCGAUGGAGACAGCAGCAAUGGGAGGCCUACAGGGACCCAUGACAGACUCUGGACCUGGCAGGCAGCAGCAUGAGGAGGCGGUAUAUAGGGGCCUAUGGCAGAUUAGGGGCCUGGCAGCAGCUAUGGGAGCCCGUAAUCUGCCAGCACCCUAUGUCAAAAAAUUCUACACACCAGCAGUGUGUGAGGAGACCUGAAAGUGGCACCCAUGAGAGACUCUGGACCUGGCAGCAGCAUGA